AUGCACUUGCCAUGGCUCACCGCGGGCCUUAUGGCUGUUGGCUUCUUGACUGAAGGAGCCUCAGCGAGGUCGCGGACCGGGCUGAGACUUCCCUCCAGCCCUACCUACAGCAGCUUCGAAACUUGCCCAGAGCGUUGCAGUGUCUCUGGUCCUAAUAUUGGGAACUGGUCGGUCUAUCCCGACUCCAAGCACAUGCAGAAAUGCAAGCAGACCAUGUUCUACCGCUUCUCUCUCUUCGACCCCGUUGACGACAAGGCGGCUAAUCAUCGCAUCCAUGCCUGUUCGUCAUAUGGUCCUGAUUUCUCCAAGCUGCCUGCAUCGACCGCUCGCAUUCCAUCAUCAGAGUCAGUCGACGUCGACUUUAAAAUUGGAUGGUGGCAAGAGGGUUUUGGCCAAGCCACCGCCGGCCUUCGCUCUCUGAUCAAACAGAUGCGCAACUAUGUUGAUCAUGGGCAUGGCGAGACUGACGGACCCUUCAUCAUGUUUGGUCAGUCUGGGCAAGCCACAGUCGGACUCUACAUUGGCCAAGGUCUGCUGAACCAAGGCAUUGGCGAAUCGGCCCUCAAGAAUCUCCACGAUACCUUGCCUACUCUCAACGUCUCAACACCAAGCCUGGCCAUGCAACUUUGCGAGCCAGGCUACGACAGCACUCACAUCUUUGGAUUGAUGCUCUUGAGUAAUGGUUCCUUCGGCCCGAUUCAGGACGCCUUGAAGACGUGGGAUAAUGCUACUUGCCUUUCCUUCGAGGAUUCCAUCAGCGUUGGUGGCCAAGUCAAAUUUACCACGCCUUUUCUGCCCUCGAAUGGCACGAUUUCCACGAACGGCACCACCAAUUCGACAAUAGCCAAGCGUGUUCACGGCACUGCCCACAGCCGACUCCAUGCCCGCGCAGAAUGCAGAACUGUGCAGGUCGAAUCCGGCGACAGCUGCGCGGCGCUGGCCACAAAGUGUGGCAUCACGGCCGCUGAGUUCACCAAGAUCAACUCAGCAUCAGAUUUCUGUGCUACUCUGAGACCGAAGCAGCACGUCUGCUGCUCCACCGGCGACAUGCCUGACUUCAGCCCGGACAAGAACUCGGACGGCUCAUGCUACUCGUACCAGGUGAAGGCGAACGAUAACUGCGACGAUCUUGCUGCCGAGUACAGUCUCACGAGACAGAAGCUCGAGGACUUUAAUAAGAAGACUUGGGGCUGGAACGGCUGCCAGCUGCUCUUCACGGAUACUAUCAUGUGUCUCAGUGAUGGGACGCCGCCGUUCCCCGCUGAGAUUGCUAACGCAAACUGUGGUCCUCAGAAACCUGGUACGACGCCGCCGACUGAUGGGUCGGAUAUUGCUAAGCUCAAUCCCUGCCCUUUGAACGCCUGCUGUAACAUCUGGGGCCAGUGCGGUAUCACCAAGGACUUCUGCAUCGACACCAACACGGGAGCCCCUGGAACUGCUGAGCCGGGCACCUAUGGCUGCAUUUCCAACUGCGGUACCGACGUGGUCAAAGGCGAUGGCACAGGCAGUAUCAGGAUCGGUUACUUCGAAGGCUAUGGCCUGGGACGUGAGUGUCUCUACCAAGAUGCUAUGCAGAUCGACUCGUCAGCGUACACACACAUCCACUUUGCCUUUGGCACCUUAACAGCCGACUUUGAGGUAGAGGUUGGCGACAUACUGUCCUCGUACCAGUUCACACAGUUCAAGCGCAUCAAUGGACCCAAGAAGAUCUUGUCCUUUGGCGGCUGGGACUUUUCGACCUUCCCUGACACUUACUGGAUCUUCCGUGAGGCCGUAACGCCGGCCAACCGCCUCAAAGUUGCAACGAACAUUGCCAACUACAUCAAGAAACACAACCUCGACGGCGUCGAUAUCGACUGGGAAUACCCCGGUGCGCCUGAUCUUCCCGGCAUCCCGCCCGCCAGCGAAGACGAUGGCCCCAACUACCUGGCCUUCCUCGUGCUGCUGAAGAACCUCUUACCUGGUAAGACUGUCUCCAUCGCGGCGCCCUCGUCGUACUGGUACCUGAAGCAGUACCCCAUCAACGCCAUCGGCAAGGUCAUUGACUAUAUCGUCUACAUGACAUAUGAUCUUCACGGCCAAUGGGAUGCCAACAACGCAAACUCGCAGGAAGGGUGCGACAUGGGCAACUGCCUACGCAGCCAGGUAAACUUGACGGAGACCAAGCAAUCUCUAGCCAUGAUUACUAAAGCCGGCGUGCCGGGCAAGAAGGUUGUCGUCGGCGUUACCAGCUACGGACGAUCCUUCAAAAUGGCGGACCCGAGCUGUUGGGGCCCGGACUGCCUAUACACCGGCGACCGGCUCAACUCGGAGGCGGCCAAGGGCGUCUGCACGGGAACGGCGGGCUACAUCGCCGACGCCGAGAUUGCCGAGAUCAUGAGCGACAGGCGCCGCGCCGGCCGUGUGGUGACGAGCUUCCUCGAUGCCAGCAGUAACAGCGACGUGCUCGUCUACGACGACGGCGAGUACGUCGCCUACAUGAGCGCCAGCACCAAGAAGACACGCGCGGCGCUCUACACUGCCUGGGGCAUGGGCGGCACCACGGACUGGGCGACAGACUUGCAGAAAUACCACGACGUGCCCGCACCCGCGAAGGACUGGGCGCAGUUCAAGCAGCUCGCCAUCAGCGGGCAGGAUCCCAAGUCGGACUACACCCGUAACGGCAAUUGGACCGAUUACGACUGCACGAACAUUUACGCAAUGGACCAGCUUCACCGGGAUGUCGAGGAGCUCUGGCAGGGUCUCAACGCGGACGCGGCAUGGGAGGACGUUGUGAGGAUCUGGAAAGAGACGGAUCAACCCUAUAAUGACACCAGUUUCCUCGCUUCUGUGCAUGCGACACUCAUGAUUGAGGCCGGCGCGGACGACUGCGGCGGCGUCCUGGGUAGUGACUGCAGUACAGACGGAUGCUCCAAGAGUAUGGACGGACAGUACUCGGGCCCAGCGGCGCAGCUGAUUUGGAACUCGAUCAUCACGAUCCGGAAAAUCCACGCCACAUACUAUGACGCUCUAUAUAAGGCCUCUGUAGGCCUCGUUGCCGCGCUCAAGGAUAUGGAGAACACUUUUGCGCCGAUUCCUCCUGAGGAGGACAAUACCUGGCUCCUCCUCAUCAUCGAUCUCGUCACUCUGGGAACACUCUCUGCCGCAGGGCCCUUCUUCAACACGUUUCUCAAGUCUCUGCCAAAGUUUGCCAAACCUGCUGCCAGACGCGGACGCAUCAGACUGGACGGAUCAGACUGGACACCUAAAGAUCAGGACAAGUUCUCCAACUACAUGGGCCAAGUCAUUGACGGCUGGGCUGCAGUUACGUCCCUCGCCCUCACCAAAAUCUUUGACGGCUCUUCCGAGUCGGUCAGCCUCAUUGGCAAGGCCAUCGCCAAUGGUAACCUGUAUCCCAAAUCCGUCAACGGGACUGUGGACGCCACUACGCUGUUGUCAAACAUUCAAAAGUCCUAUUUCGCCUAUGCCAUCCCCGCACUCUGGCAUGCCUCGAGCGCGUGGGCGUUCGUCAUUGACUCGGGCUACGGCUGCGACGCAUCGAACCCGCUGGAUGACUACCUCUCGGACGAGACCAUGAAGGCUACGGGCGCGUGCUACAAUGGGAAGCUGUACUACCUCGCCAGCCCGGACGGCGACGCCUACGAAUGCUCCGAGGGCGGGUGCGUGGACCAGAAGUUUUCGGCGCCCAAGGGUGUCGGCAAGCUGGGCGACAGCUUUGGCGACGUCACGAAGGAGGACCUGAUCAAGGGCGCGGUGCGUACCUAUCUGGCUAAUGGCGGCAAAAACGGUGGCGGCUUCGCCAACGUAGAUGACGAGGGCGUGCAGGACGACCUGCUGGACGUGGACGUCACGACGCCGGGCUUCAUCCGCAUCCCCGUCUGCAGCGCCGAGCGCGCGUUCCAGAGAUGGGAGUCAGCGACGAGGGACGAGACAAAGGGCUCCACCGAGAACUACCCGUGCGACGUGCCGCCGGGCAAGGACUACUGCGGCUUGUCGUCGUUUGAGGACCAGACGAGCGGUGCGUCGCCGAGCGCGAGCGAUUGUCGGCAAAUUAUCAAGAACAUUGAGGGCGAAGGGGGUACCGACUGGACGACUCAGGUCGUGGGGAAGAACCAGCGCGAGAUUGCCAAAUUUGGCGGGUGUUCUUUUGGUGUUGAGGCGACCAAGGUUGAUGGCAACGUCGAGUUCUACGUCGGUGGGCAGGAUGUGAUUGAUAUCAUAAACACUGCUAUUGAGAAAUUUGAGAAUGGUGACGGAAAGGUGGGAGCCAAGGGAGACAUGGACUGUAACGGGAACAGUCACCAACAGGCGGUGAAAUGGGGCAUUUACUAA